AUGUCGAAAACAGAAACAGCGCAAGAUUUGGACGAAGUGUUAGCCGGCGCACGAGCAUACACAGUGUUCAACACUGGCCGUAAGCUUGAAAUUACCCAAAUCAACGGAGUCAAAGAGGCAGUCGCUUUCCUAUCGGUCAGGAAGGGUGCACACCCGCUGCUCGAUAACAAACAGCGCGAUAGUGAACGUUCGGGGUUUGCAACAGCCCUGUUAGGAUUCUUCGUGUACGAUAUGGAGAUCUUUAAUCCGAACGAGUUUUUUUUAGCCUCAAGAGCCGAUGUCGAGACAUCAGACUCGGGGUUUCCGACUGUGUCAUUGCUCACAGGGUGGCUUGCGGAACGAUACCUCGAAUAUGUGCAGGAGGAGGCGAAACAGGUUGAGAGCGAGAUCGAUUCCAUCGCUAUCUCUGACAACGACGGACGGGCCAGGGUCCUCAGCAAGGCUAUACGCAUGCUGAACAAGUGCAGCCAUGACAUAAAAUCGUUGAAUUUCGACCGGAAAAUCGGGUUUGCUUUAGACCUCGCCAACUGGGCAAACGGGCUCCUUCGAGACUCAAAGUCGUUCUCCGAAGCUCAUAGUCUGCUCAAUUUGGUCUCGAAGCAUCCCGAAUUGCGUCCGGAUCAACUGAGAGAGAGGAUUGCUCAGACUCGCGCAGAAAUAACAGACCUGGCCGCCCAACAACGACAAGAACAAGACGAACUCCAACGAGCCCGAGCAUACCAACUCCAGGAACUCAGCAUCAAGAUUGCAGAAGACAGUCGACGUGACAGCCGCACCAUGCGAGGCAUAGCCUGGGUGACCAUGGCCUUUCUACCCGCUACUUUCGUCACGUCCUUCUUCGGCAUGAACUUCUUCGACGGGAUUGCAGACAAGCGCGUGUUUGACGGGACGAGUCGGAAUAUAUGGGUGUUUUUUGUUAUUGCCCUGCCUAUUAGUGCAGUGGUGUUGGUUGUGUUUUGGUGGUGGGAUCGCAAGACACAGGUGUUGGAACAGGUGGAACGAGAGGCGAGGGAGAAGGCUUUGGCGAGCUAA